AUGGCUUCAGAUAAAAAAUGUUGUGUACCUGGAUGCCUGGAAACCGGUGAAACACUUCAUGCUUUCCCAAACCCAUUAAAGGAUCUUGAGCGCUUUAAAGCCUGGUAUACAUUGAUUGGUGGACCAAAUUUGCUUGGCUUAACAAAUGAUCAUAUUUACAAGUAUCGACGUGUGUGCCAUGCACAUUUUGAGAAAGGGUUUUGUUGUCGAUACAAUAGAAUAUCAAAAAUUGCAAUUCCCACCUUAAAAAUGCCAGUUUCAGACCCAAAACUACAUUCAAGGAGUUGUUCAAUACAACAAUCCAUCGAAAGUUCCUUUCGAAGUGCACCAUCUACCUCAAAAGAUUUGGCCUUACAAUCAAUACCUACUGGUUCAAAUAGACAACCAAUGCAAUCAAUAGAAAAUGUAUUGCAAAAUGUAUCUUCAACCAUAAAAUUUUCAGACCCAAAACUACAUUCAAGGAGGUGUUCAGUACAACAAUCCAUCGAAAGUACCUUUAGAAGUGCACCAUCUACCUCAAAAGAAUGUACGAGGACGAAAAGAAGAAUAUAUAAAGCCACAACUUUUAGAAGACAAGAUCCUUCG